AUGCUUAUGACGCAGACCGCAGUCUCCGCACUAUCUCAGGGUCAGCAGAACAACUCCUACGCUACACGCGGUCAGCCUGCGACCGACGGCUUCGACCUUGACACCACACCAUCCAACCACUCGACCGGCCAGGCGUUGCCCUACCCCAUGAACGGAAUCGUGGGCACGGCACCUCCGGGUGCCAUGUACGUCCGUGCCCUCUACGACUACGAGGCCGACGACAGGACGAGCCUCAGCUUCCACGAGGGCGAUGUCAUACAGGUCAUCACUCAGUUGGAAAGCGGCUGGUGGGACGGCGUCAUCAAUGGCGUCCGAGGCUGGUUCCCGAGCAACUACUGCCAGAUCAUCACGAGCCCCGACGACCUUCCCGACUCCGAGCAACAAGACAACGCCUUUGGCGAACCGGUAGAAGAAGACAUCGACGAGGAUCCAUACGACGACAAUGAUGAGGCCGACAUGUCAGAGCUGGAGGAACUGCCGCUGGAAGGCACGAGUGCAGGCGACAGGUCCAAGGCAGACUACUGGAUCCCGCAGGCCACCCCUGACGGCCGCCUUUUCUACUACAACACCAUGACAGGGGAGAGCAGCUCGGAGUUGCCCUUGGAAUCGCCGUCGUCUGCUACCGAGACUGGGCCACGAGACCGAAUGAACGUCAACAUGCCCGAUAGGACAAGGCCACCUCCGGAGAUGAUGGCCAGGGGUCUGACGCAGGAUGAGGACGAGGAUUCCGAGGCAACCUCCGCGUCCGAACUUGAGGGCGAGAACCUCAUGUUUGGCCGCAUGGCUAGGAAUCGACGUUCGAUGAGCAAGGAUGGCAUAUCCCCCGCGCCAUCGCUGGACUCAAUACACGGCCAAUACUCAUUCGGUAAAGGUAACGGAGCUCCAGCCGGAACGCGGACGACGGACUCGGCCCCGACUUUCACUGCCGGGGCAACGUUCAACCUCCCUACAGCCGCGACCAUCCCACGCUCUUUCUUUGAUGAUGGACAGACGCCGCCGCUUACUUGGAGCCGACUGGUCUCCAACAUGAAGAAGGCGAUCGACCGCUACCGCGAGGCGAUCAACAAUGGCAACAAGUCAGAAUACGUAGCUCGGGCGGAAGACAUCUCAGAUCAUCUGCGGCUCCUCUUGGCAGCCGGCUCUGGUACUACAGACAACCACUCCGGCCAACCUUCAAUCAUCUCAACAAACAAAGCGCUCUACCCCCACUUCAGGGACAUGAUGUCCAAAUUCUCCAAGCUUGUCGUCUCGUCCCACAUUGCCGCUAGCGAUUUCCCGGCCCCCGAGUCCGGUCCAAAGUGUCUACAAGAAGCUGACGGGGUGUUGCUUGGCGUAUUCUCUUACGUGGAGGUCGCAAGGCAGCAGAGAGGAGAAGAGAUUCCCCGACUGUUCCCCGGGUUUGUGAUAGGGAGCACGACUGGAGGCAGCUGGCAGAAUAACGGUUUGGGCCCUCGCGACCCCAUCACAUCAAAUUUCCUCGAGGACGAGGAAGGCGUGGUAGAGCCGACUGCGCUUCUCGACGGCAAACUCCUGGAACGACUGGACGAACUCAAGCGCAUGCUGGUCUCCGGGAUCCGCGAGCUGGACAAGCAGCUAGUGAUACCAGACAAGAUCGUCACCCCGUUCAAGCACGAGAUUGUUAGUAACAAUGUCUGCGCCGCUGGAGGCAAAGUGAUUGAGAACUUCAAGCCUUGGAUAGCCAUGAUCGAAUCCAUCGACCUCUCCUCGCUGGAGAACAGCUUUCAGACCCCUCAACUUACUGAUUUCAGCAUCAACAAGCAAAGCCUCUACGACAACAUAUCCGACUUGAUCCUGGGCUGCCAGUCUGUUGCAGGACCGCUUGCCGAUGAAUGGUCCGAGGUCCGCGGGGAGUCAUUGGAGAACAGACUCGAGUAUGUCAGGCAGUGCGCCCGAGCUCUUGAGACAAAUUCGUCCCACAUCGGGUUCUCUUUGCAAUUGUUGUCGGAGCAAGUCCAGAUCAACCUUCAGCAGCAAGCAGAAACCCGUGCCAGAGAGGAACAGCUUCAGCGACAGCAGCUGACUCGAGGAGAGACAAUGGCUUAUGGGGCGCAUGGCCGGACAGACUCACGCGCGGUAACAAGGCCACCUCUGAUGACUUCUCAAUCGUAUACCGAAGGCGACUCCAACAUCGCGAAUAACCUGGCUAGGGGUGCCGGAACCUACUCCAAGGUCAAGAAGAUCUUCGGAGAAGAUCCCCGCAACAGACGGCAAUGGAUGAGACUCCAGAUUACUUACGACUGGAGUUCCCUGAUGGCCCUGGCGGAGCAGCUCACCCGACACGACAAGCUCGACUCAAACUUCAACAACACCUUCCUUCUCACUUACCGAUCCUUCACAACUGCUCGGGAACUCUUUGAGCUACUAGUACACAGAUUCGGUAUUCAGCCUCCCGAGGGACUGUCGCCAUCCGACUUUGAGAACUGGCGGGAGAGGAAACAGAGUCCAAUCCGUUUCCGAGUCGUCAACAUCCUCAAGAACUGGUUUGAGACUUUCUGGAUGGAGGACAACCAAGAAGAGGACACGAAGACCUUGAUACGUGACGUAUACAACUUUGCAAGGGACACGGUCAAGUCAACAGAGACUCCUGGUUCAGCACCUCUGAUGGCUGUUCUCGACCAACGACUGAGUGGCAAGGAUGUUGGCAGGAGGCUGAUCCAGACGCAAAGUCAGCCAACUCCCGCGCCCAUUAUGCCCAAGAACAUGAAGAAACUCAAGUUCCUUGACAUCGAUCCCACCGAGUUUGCGCGCCAGCUCACAAUCAUUGAGUCGCGGCUAUAUGGCAAGAUCAAACCCACGGAAUGCCUCAACAAGCGAUUCCAGAAGAAGACGGUCGAGGGGCAGCCGCCCCCGGCCCCGAACAUCAAGGCGCUUAUUGACCACUCGAACCAAAUGACUAACUGGGUAGCUGAGAUGAUCUUGGCCCAGUCCGAUGUUAAGAAGCGUGUGGUUGUCAUCAAACACUUCGUUUCGGUCGCCGACAAAUGUCGGCAGCUGAACAACUUCUCCACCAUCACGUCCAUCAUCUCAGCACUUGGUACUGCACCUAUCGCUCGUCUCAAGAGGACUUGGGAUCAGGUCCCUCAAAAGUCUCAGGCUGCGCUCGAAGCGCUGCGGAAGUUGAUGCUUAGCACCAAGAACUUUGCCGAGUACAGAGAGAGUCUGCAUAUGGCAAAUCCCCCUUGCAUUCCUUUCUUCGGUGUCUACUUGACGGAUUUGACCUUCAUUGAAGACGGUAUUCCUUCCAUCAUCAAGAAGACUACACUCAUCAACUUCGCCAAGAGGGCAAAGACGGCCGACGUGAUUCGCGACAUCCAGCAGUAUCAAAAUGUGCCGUACUCCCUCCAGCCCGUUACAGAGUUACAAGACUACAUUUUGAGCAACAUGCAAGCCGCCGGAGACGUGCAUGAGAUGUACGACAAGAGUCUGCUGAUAGAACCACGCGAGAGGGAGGACGAAAAAAUUGUCAGGUAUGUGGAAACGCGGGAGCAGCAAAUAACCUGUGGACGCAUGGCCCUGGGCGGGUGGCUCCUGAAGCCAGCCGUUUCAGUACUACGACCCAAUCUUGCGCCACCAUUACACCUUCCAUCCACUGCCCCCAAACUGGUUUUCAACAGUUCAUUGGCUUACUUGAUUCGCCUGUAA